AUGCUCCCCAGCAUUCCUGCCUUGCACCCUUCUUUCAAGCUCAAAAUGCUUCGCUCACUCCUUUGCUUGACGAGCUUAAUAUCAGGCAUAGCCGCACAAUCGCAAGCUUCUACAUUCACACCUGGACGACCUCCAGCCAUACCUUUGGCUGUCCGAUCGCCGUACCUCAGUACUUGGCAGGCCGCCGGGAAUGAUGGCGGGAAUGGAGGCUACCUUGCCGGUCAAUGGCCUACUUUCUGGACUGGUGCUGUCAAAGGCUGGUGCGGCUUCAUCAAGGUCGAUGGGGCGACAUAUACCUGGAUGGGAAAGCCGGACUCACUACCACAGGUCGUGACACAGACCGCAUUCGAAUACACUUCUACAAGAAGCACUUUCACAAUGGAUGUGGCCGGCAAAGUCACAAUGAACAUCACUUUCCUCUCACCAGUAGAUCCCACCGACAAACAGCGACAGAGUAUGCCAGUAGCAUACAUGAACGUAGAGGUGCAAUCUACCGACGGUCAGCAGCAUGAUGUAGCGCUUUACACAGAUAUCAGCGCGGAGUGGGCAUCUGGAGAUCGCGAACAGGUCGUGGAAUGGAGUCGUGGCACAGCGCAGGGCACAAGUAACUCUGGAUCGGGCGAUGUUGCAUUUCACAAAGUAUGGCGACAGAACCAGAAGGAAUUCGGCGAGGAUGGCGAUCAAGCAGCCUGGGGCUCUUGGUACUAUGCUACUGAGCAACAGGAAGGUCUCAGCUACCAAUCCGGCGCUGACGCUGAUGUUCGCCGCCACUUCAUUGACAAUGGUCGACUGAACAACACGGAGGACAGGAACUUCCGUCCGAUCAACCAAGAUUUUCCAGUCUUUGGGUUCGCACUGGAUAUGGGCACUAUUGCCCAGGAGAGUCGAUCUGCGUUGUUUACCGUCAACCUUCUGCAGGACAACGCUGUGCAGUUCACUACAAACGAAGGCACCCAGAAGAUUCGGAGUUUCUGGAGAAACGCUUUUCAAGACGAGCUGAGCGCCAUCACGACGUUCUACUUCGAUUACGAGAAUGGCGCCAGAGUCUCUGCAACGCUCGAUCUAGAUGUCGCAGACGAUGCUCGAGCUGCGGCGGGCGACGACUAUGUACUGAUCACCACUCUCGCCGUACGCCAAGCCUGGGCCGGAGUUCAAAUCGCCGGUACCGAACAGGAGAACUACAUGUUCUUGAAGGAGAUCAGCUCCAAUGGGAACUUCCAAACAGUGGAUGUCAUCUUCCCAUUUCAUCCGAUCCUGCUGUACAUGAAUGCAGAGUGGAUGAAGAUGAUACUCGACCCUCUGUUCAUCAAUAUGAGAUACCUAUGGCCGGAGCCAUUCGCAAUCCAUGACCUCGGCCAUCACUACCCGAACGCGACAGGCCAUGCCGAUGGCAAGACCGCACUCCAGCCACUCGAAGAGUGCGGCAACAUGCUCAUCAUGAGCUUAGCAUAUGCCCAGCGAACAGGCGAUACUGAAUACUUGAGUCAGAACUGGGACCUCCUAAGCGGAUGGGCGGAUUGGCUCAUCAGUAACGACUCUGUCAUUCCUUUUCACCAGAUCUCGACAGACGACUUCGCAGGUCCACUUGCCAAUCAAACGAACCUGGCCUUGAAGGGUAUCAUCGGCCUGGAAGCUGCGUCUCUGAUGGCCGGCAUGACAGGUCACACCGAUCAGGGCAACAACUACCACGACACCGCCCGUGACUGGAUCCAACAGUGGGAGGAUCUGGGUGUCAGCCGUGACACAAACCCGGCCCACACCACGCUCAACUACGGCGACGAAGACUCCUACUCUCUUCUCUACAACCUCUACGCCGAUGCCCUACUGCAGACCAACAUUGUGCCCAAGUCAAUCUACACGAUGCAGUCUGACUUCUACCCAAGUGUGGAGCAAACUUAUGGCGUAGCGCUCGAUACGAGAGCUUCACGGACCAAAAGCGACUGGCAGAUCUUCUGUGCGGCUGUGGCAUCGGAAGACACUAGAGAUAUGUUCAUCCAGGAUGUCGCCAAGUUUCUGCAGGAGACUGCCCUUUCUCAGCCGGCUACAGAUCUUUACGAGGCCGACACCGGGAACAAUGCAGGCAACAUUGGGCCAUUCAAAGCUCGACCGGUGGUGGGUGGGUGGUUUGCGCUCCUCGCAUUGAACCAGACCGGUAUUCCCGAGCGCCGCUGA